AUGUCUGAGAAUCUGGUGCCAGCCCCAGAACAGAACAGUCAUGAAAUCAAGGCUACUAAUCUUAGACAGUCAGAGAAGAAGUGCUCAUGGGCCUCCUACAUGACAAAUUCCCCAACCCUUAUUGUAAUGAUCGGCCUGCCAGCCCGGGGCAAGACCUACGUAUCCAAGAAACUCACUCGAUACCUCAACUGGAUUGGGGUACCCACCAAAGUGUUUAAUCUCGGAGUAUAUCGACGUGAAGCGGUCAAAUCGUAUAAAUCCUAUGACUUCUUCCGGCAUGAUAAUGAAGAGGCCAUGAAGAUCCGAAAACAGUGUGCCCUGGUGGCCCUGGAGGAUGUUAAGGCCUAUUUGACUGAUGACUGUGGUCAGAUUGCGGUAUUCGAUGCUACCAACACCACCCGGGAGAGGAGGGACAUGAUCUUGAACUUUGCCAAGGAGAAUGCCUUCAAGGUAUUCUUUGUGGAAUCCGUCUGCGAUGAUCCUGAUGUGAUUGCAGCCAACAUUCUGGAAGUGAAGGUAUCGAGCCCUGACUACCCAGAGAGGAACAGGGAGAAUGUGAUGGAGGACUUCUUGAAGAGAAUCGAGUGUUACAAAGUCACCUAUCGGCCUCUCGACCCUGACAACUAUGACAAGGAUCUGUCCUUCAUCAAGGUGAUCAACGUGGGGCAGAGGUUCCUGGUGAACCGGGUACAGGACUACAUCCAGAGUAAGAUAGUAUACUACCUCAUGAACAUCCAUGUCCAGCCCCGAACCAUCUAUCUCUGUCGACAUGGAGAGAGCGAAUUCAACCUCUUAGGCAAAAUUGGGGGUGACUCUGGUCUCUCUCUCCGAGGAAAGCAGUUUUCUCAAGCACUAAGGAAGUUCCUGGAGGAACAGGAGAUUGUGGACCUCAAAGUGUGGACCAGUCAGCUAAAGAGAACCAUCCAGACUGCAGAGUCCCUUGGAGUGACUUAUGAGCAGUGGAAGAUACUGAAUGAGAUUGAUGCUGGUGUGUGUGAAGAAAUGACCUAUGAGGAGAUUGAGAAGCAAUACCCAGAAGAGUUUGCCCUCCGGGACCAAGAGAAGUAUUUGUAUCGUUACCCAGGAGGGGAGUCAUACCAGGACCUGGUGCAGCGGCUGGAGCCAGUCAUCAUGGAGUUAGAACGCCAGGGCAAUGUUCUCGUCAUCGCCCACCAGGCUGUCAUGCGCUGCCUUCUGGCCUACUUCUUGGACAAGAAUGCAGAUGAGCUCCCAUACUUGAGGUGCCCACUCCACACCAUCUUCAAACUCACACCUGUGGCCUAUGGGUGCAAAGUGGAAACAGUAAAGCUCAAUGUGGAAGCUGUGAACACUCACCGAGAUAAGCCAACUAACAACCUCCCCAAGAAUCAAACCCCUGUAAGGAUGAGAAGGAACAGCUUUACGCCUCUGUCCAGUUCGGAUACAAUAAAGCGCCCGAGAAAUUACAGUGUUGGGAGCCGGCCCCUCAAGCCCCUCAGCCCUCUCCGUGCCCUGGAUGCUCAAGAAGGGGCUGACCAGCCGAAGACCCAAGUCAGCGUUCCAGUGGUGUAACUGUGUGUGUUCUUCCCCAGACCCAGCCUCUUUUCCCCUUUCACUAAUCACCUAGGACUUAACUUUUA